AUGUUAUCAGAGUUAAGAGGGGUAGUAUGUUUAGAAGAAGGUGUUGUAGGUAUUGUAGUUGGUAAUGAAUUUUCACCCGAUGCAAUAGAAGAGGCCAAUAAAUCCGAAUCUUUCCCUAUUAUUCUAACCACUAAAACUCGACUUCCUUUAACUCUUCUUAAUCUUACCCUUGAUAUUAUUCAUAAAACUCCUAUCAAACUUUCCC